CUGCACGUGACCUGCACCUAUCUGGACAGCUGUCCGACUUCCCCAGUUCCGCACGCUGAGGAAGUUUCUGUCCCCGUACGCGCAUCUUCAACCGCCUUUCAUCCCCGCUUUCUCUUUGCGCGCUUUCAAACGGCUCUUUCGUCAAAAUGGUGUCUCCUCAGGUAACGAACCUCGCCAUCAUCGUGGUGAUGAUGCAGCUGUCGAAGAAGAUUGCCUUUGACGACCCCGAUGUGCUCAUGAUGGUCCGUGGCGUGUACAUCUUGUCCAACGUCAUCAUCUUGAGUCUGUACCUAUACACGCAGUCCAAGAUCACCGCCAAGAAGGACUUGACUACGCUCAAGUAUGUCGAGCCCGCCCCCAUGGGCAGCACCGAGGAGCCCAAGCCGGUGACCACCACCAACAUGGAGUACGACCGAGGACAGCUGCGUACCCUGAUGAAGGGUCAGCUGAUGGGUGUCGGCAUGAUGUGUGUCAUGCACAUCUACUUCAAGUACACCAACCCUCUCCUGAUCCAGUCGAUCCUCCCCCUGAAGAGCGCCCUCGAGUCGAACCUCGUCAAGAUCCACGUCUUUGGCAAGCCCGCCACCGGUGAUCUGGCGCGUCCCUUCAAGGCUGGCAACAGCUUCAUGGGCCAGGGUCAGGUCAAGAGCGACAAGGCCUCGAUCGAGAACGCCGAGAAGAACUACCGGGGUGGUGUCAAGGAGGAGUAAAUGCAGAUGAAAGCGUUCAUUUUUUCUUUCGUUUUCUUCCGGUGUAGGGGACAUGCAGUGGCACUACAAGGGCUUGUCCCUCUGUACUUAUAGAGUUGAAUAUCGGAAAGAGGGGGUUCAGGAAUUUACGCAGGGAAAGGACGACGUCUGAUCUAUUUCAAUCUUGUCUAUAUAUUGAUAAUGGGCGAGGAGACCCGGUUCUCCUUUUUUUAUUUCUUCCCCAUUGCCGACCAUGGCCCAUGGCUUCCGUAAUGGAUGGACGUGUUGGCUUUGAGGUCGGGAUUUGGAGUUGAAAAUGACUUAAGCUAUCAAAGAAAUCUUACCUAAUUUUAAUAUCCA